AUUAAAAUAAACUAAAAAAUAAACUUUUAAAAUAGAAUAUUUGGUUAUCCAUAAUCUCAAUUAGUUUUUCCAAUAUUGAAUAUGUUUUCAACCGAUCUCCCUUGUGACACCUAAAACUAGAUGGAGGAAGACACGUACUAGCACGCAGAAAGAAUGACCUACCAAACAGGUGGUUCUGAUCCAGAUCUCCUAACGAGCAAUCUCCCAGAUCAUCUGAUGAUACGUUCAAUCAUCUCACUGUCUCACUGCUUCCGGCAAAAGAAGCCGUAAGAACUUCCAUCUUGUCUAGCCGGUUGAGGCACCAAUGGAGGUCCGUUCCUCGCCUGGAUUUCAAAAAAAAAAAAAAAUCCAAGGUCGGGCAAGUACGGUUUAAUUCCACUCGAAAUCAUUCAACACGUAGUGUUGUGUCACUUGGGUAAUGUACCCGUCUGCCGGAUUACUCAGCAUCGGAAGGACUGGUCGUCCGGGCCGUUGCCGGAGUUGAUCGAUGACCUCAGAGUGAACAAAGGCAUAGAAGACCUCAUUCUCACUGCUGAAAUUCAUUGGUCAGAUGAGAACCCUACUAUGUUACCGGCUAGUGUCUUCCGCUGCCAAACUCUCCGUGUCCUAGAACACAAUAACUACGAAUUCGGAGCCAACUCCAUUACUGCUUUUCAAGGUUGUGUGAAUCUCACCACUCUAAAACUCAUCUCUGUAAGAAUGUCUACCCCUGAUAGUCUUUUCACAAUCAUAUCUAACUGUGGAUUCUUGGAGAAUUUGAGCCUAUGUUCUUGUACUGGAUUAAUUGAUCUUAAGAUUAAUUCUCAUCACAAGUUGAAGUUUUUGGAACUCCGGAGCUUAUUUUUAGAGAAUAUGGUCAUAUGUGGCAAGGGUGUCACUAUACUUUUGCUUGACCAUGUUAGCAUUGGCUCCACAAGUGUUUAUAUUAAAUGUCCAAACCUUAGAUUGCUUCGAUUUAAUAAAUGUAGAAACUUCACAAUUUCAGAGAUUUUCAAAGGCUGCUAUGAUCUUGAUCAGUCAUUGUUGCCAGCUAGUGUCCACCGGUGUGAUACUCUCCGUGUUCUCGAACUCGGAAGUGAGGACAACAAGCUCAUACCCGAGUCCAUUGCUGCUUUUCAAGGUUGUGUGCAUCUCACAACCUUAAAACUCAUCCACAUUCCAAUAUCCCCAGAUAGUCUUUUCAGAAUCAAAUCUCACUGUGAGUUCUUGGAGAAUUUGAGCUUGUGUUCUUGUAUUGGAUUAAAUGUUCUUAAGAUUUCUGAUCACAAGUUGAAGUUUUUCGAACUCCGGAACUUUGACACAAAUGAGGUGGAUAUAUGUGGCAAUGGUGUCACUGUGCUAGUGGUUCAUAAUGUUGAAACCUCCUCCAGAAGAUUUUUUAUUAACUGCCCAAACCUUAGAGUAUUUCAAGCUCAUAAGAAUAUCACAAAUCUCACAAAUUCAGAGAUUCAAAAGGAUAUUACAAAUCUCACAAAUUCAGAGAUUCUCGAACGAUGUUCUGGUCUUCUGAGAAGUAGUACUGAACAUGGAGGAGACUAUCUUUCUAUGGCGAAUUUGCGUGAGUUAUGCACUGAAUUAGACUUGAACGAUUUAAGAGACAAUGUCUUACUCGCUUUCAUCUUUAGCGCUAGUGCCCAUUUACAGAAGAUCUACAUCACAAAUCAGGCAAACGCAAAUUCUAGAGAAAGAAAACUUCCAUAUGAUCAGGCUAAGUUUUGGGAAAAAAGAGAGUUGUCCGAUAGCAUAACUCAUCAGCUCAGGGUAGUGUGGAUUAGGGGUUUUGCAGGAAAAGAGAGAGAAAUGAGGCUUGCUUCUCAUCUCAUCAAGAAUGCUACUAUGUUGGAGAAAAUUGUGAUACAAUGGAACUAUAAUCGCUCACCUGAAAGAGUAGUCGCUGCAAAGGUGUUGCAAUCGCUGCCAAAGGCCUCCAAGAAUGCUUCUGUAAUCCUGGAACCAGGGCACUGAUGGAAGAAUGGGAGUUGAUCAAGAGAAGACUUCAGUGCCCAAUUUGAUCGAAAAUUUUGAGAACUUAGUACAUGCUUAGUGUUUUCUGUUUUUUUAUAUGUUCAAUGCAUAUGCUGAAUCUUUUCUUCUUCUUUUUUGCCUUUUUUCUGGGUAAAUAAAUGUCUAUAUACAAAAAGCAAAAACUGGGAUAUGCUGAAUUUUUAAUUUUUUUCAACAAAUCUGAAAUUUUCUUUUUAACUGGGAUAUAAACGUUUGUAUUUGAAGCUGUGGAGAUCGAUCAAUCAAAGAAGAAUUGUUUUGGCUUCAUGGGUGUGAAUCUUUCUUUCUUUCCUUUUUUUUUUUUUUUUUUCACGUCAUUAUUUUUU